AUGGUUGACUUGGAAAGUAAUGAUGAUAUUCUUAAAAAGAAAAUGAAGCUUGUGAACGAUGCAAUUGAUGAAAUUGGAUUUACUUGGUACCAUUUGAAGUUAUUCUUCCUUAAUGGUAUGGGUUAUUCAACCGACUGUCAAUUAAUUUAUCUUGAAAGUAGUGUCAGAGAAUUCAUUAAUUAUCAGUUCGGAUAUUCAUUUCCGGUUUCUAAUGAGUGUUAUGCAAUUGGUAUGAUUCUUGGUGGAUUGUUUUGGGGAUUUUCUGCAGAUUUAAUUGGUAGACGUAUGGCUUUUAAUCUUUCAUUAUUCCUCUCAGCAAUCUUCACCAUCUUGACAGGGACAAUGGGAAAUAUGGCAUCUUACUGUAUUUUCAUUAUAUUGAUUUCUUUUGCCGCAGGCGGUAACUUAGUAUUAGAUACAUGUGUAUUUUUGGAAUUUUUACCUCAUAAGGAUCAAUGGUUAUUGACCUUCUUUGCCUUCUUUUGGGGUAUUGGUCAAACAAUUACUGUUCUAAUUGCAUAUGCAUUCUUACCAAAUAAUUCUUGUUCCUCUGCUGAUGAUUGUCCUUCGCAUAAAAAUAGAGGUUGGAGAUAUGUCUUUUAUGUUAAUGGAGCCAUUGUAUUGGUAUUAGCUAUCCUAAGAGUAACUGUAGUCAGGUUACAAGAAACUCCAAAGUUCUUAGUCUCUAAUAAUAGAGAUGCUGAUGCUGUUCAGGUUCUCCAAAGCAUUGCUUUGAAAUAUAAUAGGAAGUGUUCUUUAACUUUGGAUCAAUUGACUGAAUGUGGUACUAUUGAAUCAAACGAUGAUUACAGAAAUCAUUUCAGUUUAAAGGGAACUUGGGAAUUGACAAAAUCUCACUUAAAGACAUUAUUUCAAACCAAAAAGACUACCAGAUCGACAAUUUUACUUUUCAUUUCAUGGUUUUUCUUGGGAAUUGCAUAUCCUUUAUAUUCAUCAUUCUUAUUGAUGUAUUUAAAAUCUCGUGGUGUAUCCAUCAGUCCCACAACAUACGAACAAUACCGAGACAAUUUAAUCAGUAAUGCGGCAUCUAUCGGAGGACCCAUAAUUGCAGGUCUAUUACUUUAUUAUGUCCCUAAAUUAGGUCGUCGUGGUGUAUUAUUUAUUGGAGGAAUAACAACGAUGGCAUUUUUAUUUGGUUAUACUGCCGUUAAAACUGAGGCUCAAAAUGUCGGUUUAGCAUCAGCAGUAUACUGCGCUUUGUAUAUAUAUUAUGGGGUUAUUUAUGCAUACACCCCUGAGGUUAUGCCAUCAUCAGCUAGAGCUACAGGUAACUGUCUCUGCUUGGUUUGUACAAGAAUUGCCACUGCCAUCACUCCAGUAAUUGGAUAUUAUGCUAACACUAGUACAUCAGUUCCAAUUUGGAUUUGUGGAGCUGCUGUGGGUAUUAUCGGUAUUAUUGCAAUAUUCUUACCAUUCGAACCAAGUAAAUCUAGAGUAGUUUAA